CUCGUUCAAAGUGUGUAUUGAUCUGCCUACUGCCUACACUCCACGCCCUUCCUUUGAUCACCUCGGUCGUUCUGGUGUCGACAAUGUGCACAUGUUGAUGCGCGCCCUUUCACAGUCAAUUAGAGGGGCCGAAAGACAUCGAACGUUGUGGCAAGUAACGCCAAGAUAUGGUUGGAUAGGCGAGGUGAUCAAUGUGCAGUCUUGGAUGAAGAAACGCAACAAGCCUUAAGUCUGAUAUCGGUCACGGCCAAAAAACAUCAAUUUCCUGGACGAGCAAUACUUGACAGACGUGGUUUGCUUCUGGCGAUGAUUGUGGCCUUGUGGAAGGCCUCAUUGAGUCAGGUAGCAGAACCUUCUCUGUGCGAGAAGGGAUGAGUUCCGCCUUCUUUCGUAGGCCAGGUGAUGGAAGCUCCAGCUCCAGCUCCGAUACAGAAGAUGAAGCUUCGGAAGACAUAGAGCAAGGCAGGCAACAAGUCGAAAAUGAUAACGAUGAGACAGGUGACUUGGGCACCACCGAAUCGAUCUCAAGCCACGGAAGCAUAUCAUUGGGAGAUGGUCCUGAUGCUUCGCUAGGUCGUUUUGCAGCUGUGGACCAUCACCGGACGAAUUUACUUAAUGCCCUUCUGGAGGACUUUGCCAGGAACCGAGCAUGCGAAAUAUUGAAGGAAGCACAACCUGACUUCGAUUACAACAGGUCGUCGCCCGAAAUCCAACCUCUGGCUCUGAAGCUCUAUGACGAAGUGAGGCAGUCGCUUGCUCAUACAGGUGUACUGCCACCAAUGUUGUCCAAAGACAGCCAUGGGGAUAAGCAGACUCGGGCAACUUACUUAGCCGGACUCGAAAGCAUUGCACUCAGUGGCCUGAAGAAAGCCCAUAUCGCGCCUGAUCAACCAACAUCAUUCCUGCCUGCCCCUGAAGGACAGCUCGGCCUUGCUCGAAUCAGCAACCAGCAAUCAGCCAUGUUCGGCAAAUUACUCGAACAACCUAUCGCAAACCUUUCGUUAUAUCAGACUCAGAAUUCUCUGUCGUCUCCAUAUGCGGAUUUGGUGUCGUCCACAACGUCUAGUCGCCGUAGCCAUUAUGAAUCGAGCUUUCGACAGAUCAGCUUACUCGGAAAGGGGGGAUUUGGCAGAGUAUACCAUACAUUCAAUAUUUUUGAUAAAAAGGAAUAUGCGGUCAAGAAGAUCCCUCUCAGUCCACGUUUGUCGCAGCGGUACAAAGAAUCGGGCCAUCAAGAAUUGGAGCAUGUACUGCGAGAAGUCCAGGCUCUGGCCCAGCUUGAGCACAAUAACGUCGUUCGGUAUCAUGCUACAUGGAUUGAAGAACCUCUCCUCCAACAAGGGAAACGGCCAAGUACGACAAGUGAUAACCGACGCCUUAUUACCAGUGGAAAGAACUCCUCAAAGGGUCAUCCUCGAAAAGCUCUCCCACGACCGUUAUCAUCAAAUCAAAGCGAUGGCAUUGUCUUUGGUUCAGAUAGCGUCUCCCAAGUCCGUGCGCAUGACCUCAAGGAGAACAGCGAACCACUAUGGUCGAUGAGAGAUGUCGACCCCGAACCUAGUUCAGCUCGACCUUCCGAGAUUUUCACAGAUGGACAUGGACGGCCAAACGCGCAGCAAGAGGCAGUCAUGGAUGAUUCGGUCUAUGUUCUCCAUGUCCAGAUGUCGGUAUAUCCAAUGACGUUGGCGCAAUAUCUGGCACCACCACCCGAGAAUGCCAGAAGCGCUCCAAGCAAUCCUCUUCGGAGACAUUGCUUCCAUCUCGUACCCGCCUUACGAAUCCUGCUCGGCAUCUUGUGUGGCUUGCAGUACAUUCACGACAAGGGUCUAGUCCACCGCGAUAUCAAACCGAGCAACAUCUUCGUAUCGAACCUGGAAAUGACCGCAGUCGGACUUGUCUCACAGGGCUACUACGACGUCGGAAAUUGCGUCGGAUGUCCUCAUUCUGAUUCCUACUUUGUGAACCCGCGUAUUGGUGACUUCGGGCUCGUUGCUGAGUUGGCCAGAAAUGGUGAGAUGGACGAGCAAUCUAUUGACAGCCAAUCCAAUAAAGCGGUGGGAACAGAAUACUAUCGGCCGCCUCGCUGGACUGAUCCGAAGGAGACAUGGAAGUCGAGUUCGACCAUCAACGAGAAGCUCGAUGUCUUCGCACUGGGAGUGGUGUUGGUGGAGAUGCUCUGGUAUUGCACGACCAAAGCUGAGCGCUUGGUUGUCCUUGGAGACCUCCAGAAAGGGAGACUACCUACGGGCCUAACAGAGAAGAUCAACAAGGAAGGGCACGAGCCAGGAACUGGAGAUUUAGUGCGUCAAUGCAUCUUGGGUAUGAUUCACCGAGACCCACGACAGAGAUGGAGUUGCACAGAGGUGAAAGAAUGGGUCGAGAAGAUACUGGCGAAUUGUAAACUUCGAACAGCUGAUGAUAGUAACGGUCCAGGUGUCCAUGCUGGAUUCGGCUUUGAUCUACAACAGGUGAGGAGCUUGGACACGGACGCAAAGUCACAAUAGACGAGAAAUAGCGAGAGAAGUUGGAUGUGAGGUUCUCCUAACGGGUAUAGACGAUCAUGGUCACAUGUACGGUGCCAGUUGUCUGUGCUCAGCAGCUAUCCCAACAAAUACAUGCGGAACACUAUCUCGUACUGGUAGGAUCUUGCAAAUCAUUUGAUUGCGACGACUCGACAAUGAAAGCUGCAGAUCCUCAACGAAGACAUAGACUUCUGCCAACAGUCGAUCGUCCGUUUGAGAUCGAAUAUGCGCCGGGGUUGCUGAGAGGGUGAGAGGGGCACGAGGUAACUAUGUACUGUCACGUGGCCACUCCCGCACAUGAAGCACGUGACCCUUAUUCUUUGGCACCAUUCACACCUAUCGCGAGAACACGAUUUUCGGGAUUAAUCAAUAAUAAUCUCG